UUAGACCUGUAUGAAUAUGUAAAUUAGAUGCAUGGGCAUGUGUGAGUUUAUGCAGACUUUCUCCCGUUAUCUCUCAUUAUUUGUCCACAUUCGAACUUGUUCCAAAUUAUAACAGAAGUCCCAUUAACGCGCGCGCGUCCUUUAGGGUUUAGUUUUCAUCAGGUUCAGUUCUCCGCGCGCCUCUUGAUCAAACUCCUGGCUGAUGACAUUAUGAGAGAAUGAUGAUGAAAAGCGCGUGAUCGCAUCUGUGUCAGACUGUGUCAAAGGUCAUCGGAAGCGUGCGCGUUUGAUCUCGGUCUGCGGUGACGCGCGAGUGAACGCGAUGAUUUGCGGCUGAUGCGGGUUUGUGCGCAUGUUAAUCCAGGUCAGAGCCGGUAUGAUAGAAGCUCUUUUGUUGCGUCUCUCUGGCCCGGAUCGCUUUCAUCUAAUUGUGGGUCUCUCUGUAAUUGAGCACACCGUCAAAUUCGGUUUGUUCUCGCAAACUUUUCUUCAAGUGCUUCGACAAGAGGAGAUUGUGUCUGAUUUCACCCGCGUUUCGCAAUCCGUCUUUAUUUCCGCACGAAGGUUCGCGCAGAUUUAAUGUUGAACACAUUCUUCCUAUGCAGGUCGUUAUACGAGUCCGCGGUCAACAAAGGAGGGCGUCCAUAAAGAGCCUUUGACCAGUGAAAUCCGAGAUCCUAAAAGCUGCGCUUGAGCCACAGAGGCCGAGGAAAAGCUCACUGGAGCUUCACAUCUCACGGAGAAAUGACUCGCCUGCCAGAGCGCGCGGAGAUGCGAUGAGCAGCGCGCGCGUCAGGAGGAACGCACGGUGAAGUUUGCGCGUUCUUGGCAUCGCUUGGCUCACAGAUGAAUGAAACUCAAUCCGCGUUAAUCUGCUGCUCUUUCUGGGAGGUAUAUAGCGCGAUUACCCGCGCGAUGGACGCGCACUGAGCAUGUCUGCCGUUCCGCGAGCUUCCGAAAGCGUUCCCACAGCGUUUAACCGGCACCAUGGUGGAGCACAGCCUGGACAUCAUGUGUCUGAACAAAUACGGCCCCAGUUCCUCCUCAUCAUCAUCCUCAGACGGAGAAAAGAAACUUUUCUCCAAGCUCAAGGUGAGUUUGACCAAGAAGUACCCGCACAAGAACGCGCAGACCCUGAGCGCGCAGUACGGCACGAACCUGCUGCUGAUCGGCGUGUCCGUGAUGCUCGCGCUCGCGCAGCACGGGCCCGCGGUGAGAGAGGAACACCUGCUGACCUUCAUCACGGUGCUCAUGCUCGUGCAGCUCGCGUGGAUGAUCUGCUAUAUGAUCCGGAGGGAGCGCGAGCGCAGCCCGGUGCCGGAGAGAGACGCGCACGCGGGCACGAGCUGGAUCCGAGGGGGGCUGACGAUGCUGGCGUUACUGUCGCUCAUCAUGGACGCGUUCCGCAUCGGAUAUUUCGUCGGGUAUCAUUCCUGCAUCUCCGCCGUGCUCGGGGUCUAUCCCAUCGUGCACGCGCUGCACACCAUAUCCCAGGUGCAUUUCCUCUGGUUCCACAUCAAAGACGUCAUCAAGAAAUACGAGACGUUCGAAAGGUUCGGAGUGAUUCAUGCCGUCUUCACGAAUCUGUUGCUCUGGUGUAAUGGAGUGAUGUCAGAAGCCGAACAUUUCCUCAAAAACCACCGGAGACGCUUAACAGCACUGGGAUACGACAAUAUCACUACAGUGGAAGUGGAGCCUCACUGUAACUGCACCACCAGCGCCUGCUCCAUGUUCUCCACCAGCCUCUACUAUCUCUAUCCCUUCAACAUCGAGUACCACAUCUUCGUGUCGGCCAUGUUGUUCGUGAUGUGGAAGAACAUCGGGCGAACGCUAGACCGGCACUGCAACCGCAAGCGUCCCAGCACGCGCAGUUCGGGUCUUCUGAUCGGGCCGCUCGCGGGCCUGCUAGCGCUGGCUAGCUCCGUCACGGUUCUGGUGGUGUACCUCAUCCACGUGGAGAAGUCGGAGCAGACGCGCGAGGCCGCCAUCUCCAUGUUCUACUGCUACGGCGUGGUGAUGCUAGCCUGCAUGUGUGGCGCUAGCAGCGCGGGGCUGCUGGUGUACCGGCUGGAGGACUGGCCCAUGGACACGGGUGCGAACCCAUCGCGCACGCUGGACACGGAGCUGCUGCUGGGCUCGUCGCUGGGCUCGUGGCUAAUGUCCUGGUGUAGCGUGGUGGCGGCGGCGGCGGCCGCGGCGGGGGGUAGCAGCUUCCGCUGGAUCUGCCUAGCGUACUCGCUUCUGCUGGUUCUGGAGAAGUGCAUGCAGAACCUGUUCAUCGUGGAGUCGCUGUACCGGCGGAGCCGAGAGGACGAGCCGGCUCCACCCGAGAUCUUCUCCGUCAUGCCGCCGUACGAUGGCAUCGUGAACCGCGGCUACGAGACGCAGGAUAAGCGCUGCGCUGCUCUGGACGCGGAGGCUAGCGAGAACAGGCAGGGGUUCGGGAGGAUGAACGGGGACGCUACGGUUCCUGCGGGGAACCGGCUCAACGUGACGACCGGGAGGAAGAGGCAGAUCCUGAAGAACAUCACCAUCUUCCUCUUCAUGUGCAACGUCUCGCUGUGGAUUCUCCCGGCCUUCGGCUGCCGGCCCCAGUACGAGAGUGUUCUGGAGACCGAGACCUUCGGGUUCAGCGCCUGGACCACGGUUCUGAACGUGGCCAUUCCCAUGAGCCUCUUCUACCGCAUGCACUCCGUGGCCUCGCUGUUCGAGGUCUUCAGGAAGGUCUGAGGACCAGUCAUGUGACCAGUCAGAGCGGGAACCGUCCGAUCAUGUGACGACUCAGAGCGGGAACUUUAUCUGGUGCUCAAACACUGUACACACACACACACACCAUCAGUCUGCGUUUAUAAUGAGCGAUCGCGUGUGUCGAUCUGAUCAAGUUCUCAUGGAUUUGAUUGGCUCUAGACGUUCUCAGGCCUGAAGAUUCUCACACACUCCUCAGUGUUUACACGUCUUCAGUCCAACACUGUUCUCUUAUCUCCAGUUCUCCGAGGGAUUUAAUCCUGAUGUUUUUACACACUGUCCAGUUGGAAAACCCUUGAAUCUAUCAGGCCAUUGACCUCAAAUCUGGUGCAUAUUGUACUUUAUCUUUAAUCUUUUUUUGUAGU